AUCAACUCCCACAAUUUUUUCCUUUCUGAAUCUUUCUCUUAGUAUGUGAAUUAGUAAUGAUGGUCUUUUUGGUUCUCUCCAGUCGUGUCCCAGUAGAUUAGGCCCCCAUCCCCAGCAGCCAACAUGGUGGCAUUGUCACUGAAGAUCGGUAUUGGAAAUGUGGUGAAAACGAUGCAAUUUGAGCCUUCCACCAUGAUAUACGAUGCUUGUCGUAUUAUCCGCGAGCGGGUUCCGGAAGCCCAGAUUGGACAGCGUAAGCACAUUACAACAAAACUGAAAAAAGGACAGUAUCAGCAUUAUACAAGUUUUUUUUUUUUUUAAAUAUACAGUGGGCAUUUUAACUGCCAGUAAUUAACAUUAAAAUUCUAUUGACACAAGUUGGGUGUAGUAAAAUGAUAUAGGACCCAAUAAUGGUUAGACAAGGUGAAUAGAGGACAAGAGAAGGCCAAUAGGAGGGUAAAGUGUAUUUGUCAUUUAAUGGAUAGGGGUGACUGGAUGUUGGAAGAAAAGGUGAGACCUGAACUUAAGAUUAAGGGGUAGUGUAACAGAUGUCUCAUUGACUUCCAGAGUAAUAGAGGUGGAAUGUUUGAAUAGUUCAGAUUUGGAACAGUUAAUUAGAGAAAAUUUUAAAAAAAGAAGAGAGAUGCGUUCCAGGAGGUAGAGAGCUCAGGAAGGCACAGGUAAAUCCAAGAGUCAUCAGUGUAUAGAUAGUAGAGAAAGCCAAUGGCACAUUAUAAAAAGAGAACAAAAAAGGGACAAGAAAUGAGCCUUGGGGAUAUUAAUCUGUUACACCCCUAGCUGUCAAUCACAUGCCUACUCCUGUUACUUCCUGGUUUGGUUAGCUCAGUGGAGCUAAACUCAAGAGACAGCAAUUUCCUAAAGCACCUGCCUUGCAAAGAUUGAGCUGCAUUGGGAAGGCUGUGAUUGGAUAGCCUUGGAAGGGGAGCGAUUGCAAAGGCUGCAGACCAGUUUUAAUUAAUUUAUUUAUGAAUGAAGUGUUCCUUUACUCGCAUUUUCUUUCUUUCCAGCAAAUGACUUUGGUCUUUUCUUAUCGGAUGAGGAUCCCAAGAAAGGAAUUUGGUUGGAAGCAGGGAAAGCCCUGGAUUAUUACAUGGGAUAUUAACCUUCUGUACUACACCCCUAGCCUCUGCUCCCGGCCCUCCUUCCUGUACUAGCAGGCGCUAAUCCUCUAUAACUAGCCUCUGCUCCCGGCCCUCCUUCCUGUACUAGCAGGCGCUAAUCCUCUAUAACUGGCCUCUGCUCCCGGCCCUCCUUCCUGUUCUAGCAGGCGCUAAUCCUCUAUAACUAGCCUCUGCUCCCGGCCCUCCUUCCUGUACUAGCAGGCGUUAGCUCAGUGGAGCUAAACUCAAGAGACAGCAAUUUCCUAAAGCACCUGCCUUGCAAAGAUUGAGCUGCAUUGGGAAGGCUGUGAUUGGAUAGCCUUGGAAGGGGAGCGAUUGCAAAGGCUGCAGACCAGUUUUAAUUAAUUUAUUUAUGAAUGAAGUGUUCCUUUACUCGCAUUUUCUUUCUUUCCAGCAAAUGACUUUGGUCUUUUCUUAUCGGAUGAGGAUCCCAAGAAAGGAAUUUGGUUGGAAGCAGGGAAAGCCCUGGAUUAUUACAUGCUUCGGAAUGGGGUGUGCUGAUCUGUAAUUUCUGCUCCCGGCCAUCCUUCCUGUACUAGCAGGCACUAGUCCUCUAUAACUAGCCUCUGCUCCCGGCCCUCCUUCCUGUACUAGCAGGCGCUAAUCCUCUAUAACUGGCCUCUGCUCUCGGCCCCCCUUCCUGUACUAGCAGGCGCUAAUCCUCUAUAACUGGUCUCUGCUCCCGGCACCCCUUCCUGUACUAGCAGGCGCUAAUCCUCUAUAACUAGCCUCUGCUCCCGGCCCUCCUUCCUGUACUAGCAGGCGCUAAUCCUCUAUAACUAGCCUCUGCUCCCGGCCCUCCUUCCUGUACUAGCAGGCGCUAAUCCUCUAUAACUGGCCUCUGCUCCCGGCCCCCCUUCCUGUACUAGCAGGCGCUAAUCCUCUAUAACUGGCCUCUGCUCCCGGCCCCCCUUCCUGUACUAGCAGGCGCUAAUCCUCUAUAACUGGCCUCUGCUCCCGGCCCCCCUUCCUGUACUAGCAGGCGCUAAUCCUCUAUAACUGGCCUCUGCUCCCGGCCACCCUUCCUGUACUAGCAGGCGCUAAUCCUCUAACUAGCCUCUGCUCCCGGCCCUUCUUCCUGUACUAGCAGGCGCUAGCCUCUGCUCCCGGCCAUCCUUCCUGUACUAGCAGGCACUAGUCCUCUAUAACUAGCCUCUGCUCCCGGCCCUCCUUCCUGUACUAGCAGGCGCUAAUCCUCUAUAACUGGCCUCUGCUCUCGGCCCCCCUUCCUGUACUAGCAGGCGCUAAUCCUCUAUAACUGGCCUCUGCUCCCGGCCCCCCUUCCUGUACUAGCAGGCGCUAAUCCCACACUAGCCUUUUCCUCCUUCCUGUACUAGCAGGCUAAUCUUUUAUACUAACUAGCCUCUGCUCGGCCCCUUCCUGUACUUGCGCGGCGCUAAUAUCUCUAUGUAGCCUCUGCUCCGGCCUGCCUCCUUCCCUGUACUAGCAGGCAGCUAAUCCUCUAUAACUGGCCUCUCUGCUCCCCAGCCCUCCCUUCCUGUUCCAGCGAGGCGCUAAUCCUCUAUAACUGGCUACUGCUCCCGGCCCUCCUUCCUGUACUAGCAGGCGCUAGCCUCUGCUCCCGGCCAUCCUUCCUGUACUAGCAGGCACUAGUCCUCUAUAACUAGCCUCUGCUCCCGGCCCUCCUUCCUGUACUAGCAGGCACUAAUCCUCUAUAACUAGCCUCUGCUCCGGCCCUCCUUCCUGUACUUGCAGGCGCUAAUCCUCUAUAACUAGCCUCUGCUCCCGGCCCUCCUUCCUGUACUAGCAGGCGCUAAUCCUCUAUAACUGGCCUCUGCUCCUGGCCCCCCUUCCUGUACUAGCAGGCGCUAAUCCUCUAUAACUGGCCUCUGCUCCCGACCCCC